AUGGAUUGGCUCCCUCACCGAACGGCUGCUUUUCUGUUCCUUUUAUUGGUACUCCUGGAUUUCAGCACAGGAUUUCAUGUAGAGGUAAAAGAAUGGGAUGAAAAUGGGAUGGCAAGAUGGAAAACCUUCAGAAGACAAAAACGCGAAUGGAUCAAAUUUGCUGCAGCUUGUAGAGAAGGAGAAGACAAUUCUAAGAGGAAUCCAAUCGCCAAGAUCCGAUCAGAUUGUGAAGAAAAUCAUCCAAUCACAUACAGCAUCUCUGGAGUUGGAAUCGAUCGUGCCCCCUAUGGAAUAUUUGUUGUUAACCCAAGAACAGGAGAAAUUAAUAUAACAUCAAUAGUGGAUAGGGAAGUAACCCCAGUGUUUGUUAUACGCUGCUUUGCUAAACACUCAGUGACAGGUGUAGAUUUGGAACCACCUCUUGAACUUCGAGUCAGAGUUCUGGAUAUAAACGAUAACCCUCCAAUAUUUGCACAAACUGUAUUUACGGGAUCUAUUGAAGAAUGCAGUAUGGACAACACACUGGUGAUGAAAAUAAUUGCAUCAGAUGCAGAUGAACCUAAUCACUUGAAUUCUAAAAUUGCCUUCAAGAUAGAGAGUCAGGAACCUGCAGGUCCACCCAUGUUCAUUAUGAAUAAAUAUACUGGAGAACUCCAUCUUGCAAAUUAUCUUGACAGAGAGCAACAUAGUAGCUACACCCUUGUUGUGAAGGCAUCAGACCGGGAUGGAGCUGCUGAUGGAAUAUCAUCCCUCUGUAGCUGUAACGUUAAAGUUAUUGAUGUCAACGACAAUUUCCCAACUCUUGCUCAAAGCUCUUUUUCAGCAAGUAUUUCAGAAAAUUCACUCAGUUCAGAACUGCUACGAAUACAAGCUCUGGAUGCUGAUGAAGAGUUUACAGACAAUUGGUUAGCGGAAUUUUUCUUUAUAUCUGGUAAUGAAGAUAAAUGGUUUGAAAUUGUUACAGAUCGAGCUACAAAUCAAGGAAUCGUUAGAGUAAUUAAGGAACUGAAUUAUGAACAUCUUCAGACUCACUCAUUAAUUAUUGGUGUCAGGAAUGUAGCUGCCUUCCACCAUUCUGUUGCGCAUGAAUACCAAAUAUCUGGAACACCCCUCACAAUAGAAGUAAAAAAUGUGAUUGAACCACCAAGAUUUAAUCCAUCUUCAGUUGUGUUUUCUGUAUCAGAAAGAACAAGAGCAAAUUAUGUUGUGGGAACAUACACAGCCAUCGAUGAGGACACUGGAGCUAUUGCAUCAAAUGUUGUAUAUAGUAUAGGACGAGAUCCAGGUGCCUGGUUCAGAAUCAAUCAAAACACUGGUGAAAUCACACUGAACAAAAUUAUUAACCGGGAAUCAAUCUAUGUAGUCAAUGGGCAGUACAGAGCAGAGGUUCUGGCUAUCACCAGAGGGGUUCCUCGAUAUACUGCUACUGGCACCAUUGUGCUUUCAAUACAAGACAUGAAUGACAAUUGCCCAAUUAUUAAUACUGAGUUACGGAAAGUAUGUAUGCAUUCCCCAUCAGUGAUUAUCACAGCAAAAAAUAUGGAUGGUGAGCUAUAUGGUGCCCCAUUUACAUUCAGCAUACAUGGUGAACCUCGAACUACAUGGAUUAUCAGAUCAAUAAAUGCUUCCUCUGCAGAACUAACAACUCAGAACAUUGACUUUUACAUUUAUAGGAUCUAUAUCAGCGUAAGAGAUAGUCAAGGCCGACGCUGCCUUAAACCACAUGUAAUUCCUGUGCAAGCUUGUCAGUGUGAUAGUCGUAAUUACUGCACCAGUGGGGCCACAAAAAUAAUUAUCAUCGGUGGUGGUAGUGAUGGUGGCGGUGGUGGCGGCAGUGACACUGGUGGUGGCAGUGACAGUGGAAGAGGACAGGAAGGUGAAGGAGGACAAGGACAAGGUGAUGGUAAUGGUCAGACUGGAGCUGAAGGAGGAUAUACCGAGGAUCACACAAAUUGGCAGGGUUACACUGGUGACUAUGGUGAUAAUGAGGAAUAUACUGCAGCCACCGAUCAGGGUUAUGCCGGAAAUGGAAACUAUGGCAGAAAUCUCGACUCUUCUACCACACUUAGCGGUGCUGCCAUUGGCCUGAUGUUUCUUGGUGGAUUAAUAUUUGUUUUGAUUCCAAUUUUGAUGUCAAUGAGCGACUGUUGUGGAUGUGGACCUGGUGCUGCAGGUGGAGUUGGAACUGGAUUUGAACCCGUACCUGAAUGCACAGAAGGGGCAAUUCAUCCAUGGGGAAUAGAAGGUGCUCAGCCUGAAGACAGGGAUGUCUCACACAUUCUUGCCCCAACAACUGCUGCAGGAGGAGAUUUUGGUGAACCCUCUGACAUAUAUACAAACACAUAUGGAGGAGGAGUAGUAGCUUCUGGUGUUGAAGAAACUACAGGAGUUGGCUAUGGCACUGGUACUGGUUACGGGACAGCUGGAGGAAUUUCUGGAACAGGGGAAGUAAAAGGAUCAAUUGGAGGAACAAUUAAAGAGUAUCGAGAAGGAGGGGUGAACAUGGCCUUCCUAGACAACUACUUCUCUGAGAAAGCAUUUGUGUAUGCAGAUGAAGAUGAAGGUCGGCCAGCAAAUGACUGCCUAUUAAUAUAUGAUCAUGAAGGAGUUGGCACUCCCGUUGGCUCUGUGGGUUGCUGCAGCUUUAUUGGAGAAGAUACAGAUGAAACAUACUUGGAUACAUUAGGACCAAAAUUUAAGACCUUGGCAGAGAUCUGUCUCGGCAAAGAGAUCGAACCUUUCCCUGAAGUCAAUCCACCCUGGCCAUGCGUUAACGUCACCUUUCCCAACCCUGAAAGUGAUCUAAACCUCCCACCACCUGGAACCACCAUCAUUGUCAACGGAUGUGCACCUAUGCCUCCCCCAGUUGGCACUACAACGGUUGUUACUGAAAACACCUACACGUCUGGGUCAACCAUACAACACUCAAGGCCAAUGCCGGAUCCUUUGCUCCAUGGCAACAUGACGGUGACUGAGACCUACACCUCCGGCUCCCCCUCAAUUUGCGUUGACCCUCUGCGUGCAUCCAACGUUGUUGUAACAGAAAGGGUUGUCGGUCCUGCAUCUGCCUCUGAUUUGCGUGGCAUGCUAGAUAUCCCCGAUCUCACAGAUGGGUCCAACGUUAUCGUCACGGAAAGAUUAAUCGCGCCUAACUCGCGGCUCCCGACCUCUCUGAGCAUUCCUGAUUUGGUAGACGGGUCAAAUGUGGUAGUGACAGAAAGAGCGUUCAGGCCUGCCUCUGGCAUGCCAGGCAGCUUAAUAAACAUUCCCUCGGAAUUAACAAAUGCCCACAACAUGAUGGUCACCGAGAGGGUAGUAUCAGGGUCUGGGAUGAGCAGCAUGGGGGGAGCAAAUCUGGGGGGGAUGAGUAGCACGGGUCAGAUGCUCAGUGCUGACUGUCACCUUGGCCAAGCAAUGGGCACGGCAUCCCCCAGCACCUCCCGGAGGAGAGUGACAAAGUACAGCAGCAUGCAAUACUCCAGUCAGUAA